UUGUCACCUAGAAAAACGAUAGCAUGCAUGGCAAAGGAGGACCAGAAAAAACUAGUGUCAUGUUUAAUCCUUAAAACCAUAGGCUCAAAUCUUGGAGACAACACCACCAGUGAACUGCAGAUCGAAACCAAUUUCGGAAUUAAAAUACCCAACCAUACUGAAGACAGAGAGAACCAAAUCGAAAGGAAAUGCGCAUUCGGAAGUCCUCAGUGUAUCUUUGAAAAAAAAGAUACAAAAGGUGAUACAGAACCAAAAGGCUUAUUUGAACGUCAUCUAUCUUAUACUGUUAGUAAAGAUCGGAGCAUUGCUUGCAGUUUGCAAGAAAUAAGAAUUGUGCUAAUUGGAAAAACGGGAGCUGGAAAAAGUGCAACUGGAAACACAAUCCUACAACAAAACGCAUUUAAAUCAUUUUUUUCUUCAAUUUCCGAGACGAAAUUCUGUGCUCAGAAUUUCGUUGUUCGAUUUGGGAAAAAAAUUGUUUGUGUUGAUACCCCUGGCAUUUUUGAUACGGAGGUGUCGAAUGAAAACAUUCAAAAAGAAAUUAUGAAAUGCAUAGGAAUCACUUCGCCAGGACCGCAUGCAUUUAUCAUCGUGCUGACUCUAGGGAGAUUUACAAAAGAGGAAAAGGACACCGUAGAUCAUUUUGUCAAGUAUUUUGGGGAAGAUGUGUAUCAAUAUUUUAUUGUUCUUUUCACGAGAAAGGACGAUCUCGACGAACUCAAUAUUAGCUUAAAAGAUCAUUUGGCUAGGGUUCCUGAACCGCUUCGACUGUUUAUCGAAAAAUGCGGCGGCAGAGUCAUUGCAUUCAAUAAUAAACUCAGAGGAAGUCAAAGUGAGCCACAAGUUGAAGAGCUUCUGAAAAUUAUAGAGAAGAAUGUGAGCAGAAACGAAGGUAACUUUUAUACGAAUGAAAUGUAUCUUACAGCAGAAAUUGAAGUACAUAAAAUGGAACUGGACUUGCUUAAAAAAUACCGAGAUGAAAAAGUCAUGAAAAUAAAAGCUUUGGAAGAAUCAGAAGAAAAAUUCACUGAGAAGAAGAAUGCUAUUCUUUCAGAGUUAAAGGAAAAGGAAAACAGAGUCCGUGAUGAUGUUAGAAAGGAUAUUGCAGAAAACGGUUUUGUUCGGGCAUGGACAUAUGUUAAGUCCUGGUGGCCUUUCUAAAAUGUAUAUUCUCAUCUUUUGUUGAUUAUAAAAAAUUGAAUUUCUGUUUACUUAAAAUGAAAAAAAAACAAUGAUUGAUAGGUUCAUUUAUAUAAAAUUACCUGUCACAAUUGAUAAGAUAAUGAAUGGAUUAAUUUAACUUGCUACAUUGGAAUAUCUGUAAGUGAUUAGUAAUUUUUUUGAAAUAUAAUUUUAAUAUUUAGAUAGAAACAUUGAUUUAUAUUCAGUGUUGCACAAAAUUAUUUUUGAUUUUUUUUUAAAGAUAAAAUUUGUUUAUGUUCGUUCUCUGGUCGACACAGCGACCUAAUCAGCAAAUAUAAUCUUGUCCAAAAAUAUCCACGAUUCACAAUUUGCUUAAUUACUCGAUAUUUAUAAAUACGUCAAGGUUUUAACGAUGUUCAUUCAAAAGUAUGAAAAUUUCCUAGAUUUCUAAGUUGAAACGCUCCCGUUUCUUAUCAGGUUUCAAUACUAGGCUAAAAAUAUAAUUUACACGGGGAUUUUGCAUUGCAGCAAGCCCGGAUGAUAAUGUUGAAAAAUUGCGCGAUGUAUUCUGAGUGACAUCCGAAUGAAAAAAAAAACGUCAAUUCCCCACUAUAAAUCUUUGCGUCAAAUCUGUUCGUCUUCCUGAAAAAAAUUUCGACUGAAAAAUGAUAUUGUGUCAAUGAAGAUAUCUUUGAAAUUUUUCCUUCAAUCAAUUUCAACUGCACUUUUUAUUAAAAAUCGGCCAAAUGUGCUGCAGAAAUAUCCUGAGACAGACUAUAGUUUGAAUGCUGACUGACAUUUCAUAAACUUAUUGCUAGACCAUUAUUAAUCAAUGCAUUGUUUACGAACUUGUCCUUUUUUCUGAUUACGACAAAGAACACAUGGUGAAAAUGACUGGACAGCAGGGGAUGUGUACUCAUCCAUGGCACCUGAUCCUGUCUCUAAUUUUUGUAGGAGUCCGAGUUUGCUCUGCUCCUGUUUUAUAUCUUUAUUACGGUCAGCCAGAAGGCGGUCCGUUACUUAAUAUACAUCUAGAUAUUGUAACUGCGUUUCUGUGGGAUAGUUUUUUUUUAUAGAAUUAAUAUUAUGCUCAUUUUUAUGAAUUAAAAGAAGUCCUUAAUUUUCAUGUAGAAAUAUGUUUUAUGCCUAUAAGAAAUAUUACAUAAUUUUUAUUUUACUUGUACAUGUAAAGUGGGUCAUAGACUGUUGUGUUAGGUGCGAUUUUACCAAGACUAUAAUCUUUUCAGAAAAUUUCAGAGUUUUUCAUUGUAUCGAGGUCGGUAUACGGGACAAUCUAAAGACAUGAAAUACAGAAGACCUGAAUGAAAUGAAAUUUUAUAAAUGAUAUAUUUGAAUUUCUUUGUUAUGAGUCAAAUUAAAUGACUUUUAUUCCAUUUCGGAAAAAAAAUAUCUGGCUUAUUUUUACCUUUAAAAGUGUGCAGUUUCUACCGGAUGAGCAUAUGAUCUUACAUGAUUCAAUGCAAUGCAACAAAAAUAAAAAUGGUUUAAAAUACACAAUCUCAAAGAGAAUAAUGAUGAGUUGAACUUCGUCUUAGUAUAAUGUACAAAUCAACGUGUUUUCCAUUACUUUAUACUAUGGCAAUGAUCAUACAAUUACCGUUAGAAAUGCUUACAGUAACGAACUCUAUUCUUAAUAAUACAAUGUAAUAAUGAAAUGUUACACUUCAAAAGGUGUUGCUGAAAAAUAUAUUAAAAUUUACAAUA